AUGACGCCUGAAAUAUUCCGGGCAGGAAAGCAGGUGAAGGCAGAGCAGGGCCCUACCCGGAACUCUGAGAUGUAUGAGAUGGAGGCAAUACCGACGGACAAGGACAUCGUCCUCGGCGACCUUCCUGGAGGUGAAGGUGUCACCGGCGUCAUGAGCGGCGUGGACAAGAUCUCAUUGCACAAAGGAGCAAUGAAGGCCUUGCAGAACCACGCGGAAGGUAACUAUCCAGGUAUGAAAAUAGCGGUGGCCAGCAGCGCAGAUACCCCUUUUGCUGAGAAAGUUGGUCGCAAGGCACUCUCGCUUCUGGAGGUGCUGCCUGGCGUGACAGUCUGGCAGCUUCUCUUGCGAGAUUGGGAUGGGAAGGACGUCAACCAGAUCGGCCGCCAGCCGCCCCUUUCUUCGAACAAGGCGAUGACUCACUUCCCCCGGCUGAAGGAAGCCACAGGCGUGGCAUACGACAGAAUGCUUUUCUUCGAUGACUGCCUAUGGGGCGAUCACUGCGGGAUGGUCGCGCAGUCCUGCCGCGAGGCCAACGGCAAAGGCGUGGUUACCGUCAGGACUCCCAGCGGGCUUGGCGAACGUGAGUGGGAACGUGGCCUGAAGAUGUACGUGAAGCCUGCGGCGAAGCCUACCAUUGAGCGGUCCGUGCAGGUCGCGCUGCCAGGAGCUGCCGCGUGGAUGCUGACGAUGCAGGAGGCCACAGCUGCUGCUGCUGCUCGGCGUCAGUACUUUCCCACCCUGGAUGACCCAGAGCCGGCUCCACCACCCCAAGAGGAUGUUAGUCCUGAACAAGUUUUGGCGACGAUUGGCAUGCUCCCCAACGUGAUUGUUUUCUUCUUGGUGGCAGGGGCAAUCCGAGAAUGGAUUGGAUCUGGAGGAGGCUUCUUCCGAAAUGAAGACACCUGA